AUGAAGGCCAACAAAGCAACCCUCACGGGCGACUGGAAGGAGGAGAGCACGGUGGUUGCCGACGUGGAACCCAUGGAGCUACAAGGCUCAUCCGUUCGGGUGUACGACUGCGCUGGACAGGUGAUGCCAUCAGCUAUUGCUGACAACCCUCCGUCGGGGGUUUACGGUCAAUGGGGGAUUGUGUCGUCUAUAGACUUGGGCGAGGUCGCCUACACGGGGCUGCUGCAGAUGUUUCUGACGCCACGGUCGGUUUGCGUGCUCGUGUGUAACGCGGGGGAGUUCGGACAGCGGCGAGAUAGCGAACAUUGUGGUGGGGUUGAGGGAGACUGCCGCAAGCUGGAAGAAUUGCGCGUAUGCGAUUGGCUACGAUCAAUAUCUCGACGGAUUCCCGACAACGACGUCAUUCUCGUCGCCACCAAGUGUGACCUGGCGGGUGGGAACGCACGGGAAAUUGGCAGCAGAAUGGAGAAGGCUUGUCGAACGUGGCUAUCGGGCUGGGUUCGCAAUGCUGCUUCUCGGGACGAGUUGAUAAGCAUNACGUGGCUAUCGGGCUGGGUUCGCAAUGGUAUGCAGCCCGUUCGGUUGGAGCCCCACGUUUGCCUCACGAGCUCCUUGCCGGUAAGAGUUGAUGAGCAUGGCGAUAGAAGCGCGGGGAACCAUGGAUCGAAGGGGGGUUGGGCAUGCGACUGGCGAGACGAGGAAGACGAUCAACCCCCGCCCAGUUUUCUUCACCGGCUCGUCAACAAGCCUGACGGAAGGGGUCUCCGCGGAACCCAGACGGUGCUUCCUCGCAGCUGGGAUAUCGCCCUCACUGUUCUGGAAGCUCUCGAGCAUGGACGAGAUCCCGUGGAGGCGGUAUUGGGCAAGUCUCCGGACCCCGACGGAGAAGACGCGGCGGAAACGGCAGGGGGCAAGACAGACGUGUAUCAGGGGAUCACGGUCGAGGAGCUGGGCACCAAAUGGCAGGAAACAGUGGAUGAGCUUGAGCGGAGAGGAAUCACCGUUACAAACGCCAAGAAUGCGUUGGAGGGAGCUCUCUCAGUCAGGGAGUUUGACGGAUCCCUCGUUCGCCGCGAGAAUUUCGUCUUUCUGGACGUCGUUUGGCUGGCGAGAAUCCUCAAGCCCUUGCUCAAUCACAAGGACCAGGAGACCUUCGACGGCCGUGUGAAUCUUGGGGACACGGGCGACACACCUAUCACACUCGACGAUCCAUCAGACAUCACUUCGUGGGACAGGCUCAAAAAGGAAGGCGUUCUUGAACCCAAGUUGGCGUAUGCCAUGUGGCCGGAUGGUCUGUCGGAGUAUGUCCUCCCCACUCUUGCGUCCUUGGGUCUCACUUUCCCACUCGAAAAUGAUCCUGAUGAAGGCCUGGUGGUUCUGUUGAGGCUAAAGCCAAACCGCCCCGAGAGCGUCGGUAAAGUGAUCGAUACCUUCUGCUCGGGGCUCACCCCGGCAUUCAGCGCCAGCUGGAAGAUCUUUCUCGGUGUACCGCCUGGAGCAGUGGAAAAGGUGUUGACACGGUGCUGCGGUCUUGGCGGUGUGCGAACAUUCUGGCGGUAUGGGGUGCUUGUGCAUGGCAGCCUUGGCGUCCAAGAUGGGCGCAGGACGUUCGCUGUGGUAUUAGAAUACUCAUCCACCGACAAUGAGCUUACUGCUAAGAUUUUCGGUGAUAUCAGCACGCCAGCUGCGUGGGUGGCCCUGUCAUACGUCAUGUCGGCCGUGAGACUGAUGCUGGUGGAUUUUCCCGGACUGCGCUGGAAAGGCUCGCUGAAGUGUCCUCAACAUGGUGACGCGAUGCUCUUUGUCGAUAUGGCGAGAAGAGGUGGAGACAAACUUCUGGAAGGCAGUAGAUGCCCACAAUGCAGUGUAGACACCGGCGGGCUCGGGGCAGCGGCGAUCGAUCUCGUGCGCUUUGUCGACAUCCGACUGGACCGAGACGUGAUUUUCAACGACGUGAAGGCGAGGUUCGACGACCUGGACAGUCAGUACUCCUUAUCUUGCCCGACGGAUCCUUCCCAGGAGGAGGGCGAGUUGAUUCGAAAGAUAGACGACGUGGCCACAGCUGUGAAGGGGGGAUUCGCCGAGGUGGAAGGGGGGGUCAGCAACCUAAAGGGCGAGAUGAAGGAAGGGUUCGACGACACCAACGCCGAGUUGCGUGGCGUGAAGAAGGAAGUGAAGGACGGGUUCACCAUGAUAUCGGGAAGGCUGGACAAGGUGCUGGAGAGCACCAAGGAAAGCCUCAUGCGCAUCAGGAACUUGCAGGCCCCGAACUACCGUUACCCUCGCCUUGUGGUCGUCAAGGAGGUUGGAGCUGAUGGCACUGCAUCGAAGGCUCAUGGGAAGAAGAGCGUGCUGAGCAAGCUGCGUCGCUUGGGGAAGAAAGAUAUGACACUUCACUUCUUGUGCCCGGUCGACAUGACAAAGGUACCGUGCGGCUAUGGUGGUGAAGGCUAUCGAUUUCAGGAGACGCGUGGCUGGGUGAAGAAAAUAUCGCCUGUCCUUCAGGUGGCCGUGGUGACCGCGAAGGUGGCGCUCAACGCAACGACAGGGCUGGACGUGGACAUCUCGAAUUUCCUGAAGGACGUGAAAGAUGGGUUGGUCAAUGAGCUAGUCGACCGGACUAUCGACGAGGAGGCGCUGCUCCGUGCUGUUUCGGGUGACGACGACAUCGGCGCAGAGUUGCAAAGGGAUACGAGGGCCUCUUAUGAAGCACUAAAGAAGUUCAUGGACAAGGAACAAGUUGACAGGGUUAAGAACGCCCGGGAUGGCGAUGGCUACAUCGACUUCAGGGACGAGAUGAAGCGUGUCACCGACGGGAGGGGUGGGAUGGUGUGGGUUCGGAACGACAAUGUUCAAAAGUGGUUGGACUCGCAUUCGAUUGCUGCUCCAACUCGCUAGACGUCGGUCUUGUUAGGUGCGGCGCAUGCACCUGAAACCACCCUCACCGUAUUCUAUCCCUUUGGCGGACGUUGUUGUACCCAAAGGGUCCAGACUACCAUUGGGUAUCACCAUGAGGGAAUAUUUCGACUUGGGAGAGAGAGCGCAUCUCAUUGUGUGGUUUGUCGUUUGUCGGUGCCUGUCCGUCAAGUUCACCCGAAACACCGGGGCUGGGUCGAGGGGGUGGUUGUCCAGUGUCCCGAGAAUCCACGCAAUCUGGUAGCUUAUGUAAUAGGGCGGGAGCUUGUCGCACAAAGGGGGGAGUUCUUGCAGGCUGUGGUGGGCACCACACGAUGGAUUACGAGAACGUUUUUAUUCCACAAGUGGUAGUGGCGCAAGCAGGAACGCUACUUGAAGGGUUUCACUGUAAGAAUAACAAUCGGUAGGGCCAAGGGGGGGCACCUGCCUGCUACACCGCGUAUCUGUCCAUAAGGAGGGACCGUCGAGCUCAAUGGUUGGAGGCCUUGAAUGUGUCAUUUUCGACAUGCUAACCGGACGCCACUACCUACAACCAAUCAAUGUGCAAAUCAUGAAAUUUUCUACCCUACACCGUGGUCACAGAGACUUACUGUAGGUGCUAGAAUACGAAGUGUAAGGGGUGACCUCCUGUCGCAAUGGAGCGGCGGUGGUUGAUGCCGGGAGGUCGUUUAGUUGCCCUAUGUGGUAUGUUUCCACGUGUUUAUUUGUCCGCUUUCGUGUGUCACGCAGAACAUGGUGUUCGUUUCUAUUGUUGAUUUGUUGUGCCCCCUUCCCAGAACAGGGAACAGGGAAGUCGGCAUUAUUUCCUGACUGGCCAACCACAAUAUUUUUCCUGGAAACAAGUUCGGCCUCCCAGGUUCCUUCUUAUUGGUGAUUACACCGCACCAUGUCUUUGAUGAACAGCAAGGGUGGACGAAAUAGGUUAUCCCGCACACUUACCUGA